AUAAGGGGGCUGAGCUCGAUCUUCUAGUUGACUUGGGUAUGAAAUAGAAGGAACCCACUGUAACCCAGGUGAGCUGUGUUUUACACUCACUCACUCCUCCCACAGGCCAGUGGUUCUCACAUUUUAGUUUUACAGAUUAGCCCUACUCUGAGAUUCUGAUUCAGUAGGUUCCAGGUAGGGCUUUGGAAAGCAUUUUUAACAAGCUCCUAGGAUGAUUCUAAAGUAGGUGGUCUAAAUCAGAGAAACAUUGCCCUAGGUUAUCAUCUUUUGGUAAGUAUUUAGUAAAUCUGAGAGAAGAGUCAGACACAAACAGAAUUAUAUAGCAAGGUUAUGCUCAGUCAAGUAUGUAUCCUGGGGCCACUGAAGAAAUUCUUCUAACUCGUUGGCUUUCUAAAGUAGGAGAUUCCUGAGCUGAGUUUCAAAGGAGAAGAAAGAUACAGUUAGGUGAAAAUGAUGGCUAGAAGGACAUCUCAGCCCUUGGACCUGAUGAGCUAAGGCACAGAGGUGACAAACAGCAUGUGUGUUCAGACCUAGUCUCUAGAGAGUCAAAUGGGGACCAAGUGUUAAGAUGAGAGGUCAUCUUGCAGAGGUCAUACCAAGAACCGUCGACUUCUAUAGAGGAAGGUUUUGAGGGCAGAUGGUGGGGGAGGGCGGCUUACAAUCACAAAUCUACAAUGGAAACAAAGUAGAUUUGCAUUUUAGUUAGAUCCCUAGCGACUGAAAGGGAGAUGAACACACGGUCAAGAAGAUUGUAAAACCACAUCAAAUCACUAGGAGUUCUAGAAAUCAAAGCAGCAAAUAGUGGUUUGAAAAGUUUUGGUUAAAUGUUUUCACUAACAAUUUGCAUUUCAGAGGGACUUGCACAAACAGAAAUUGAAGAAAUGUGGAAAGAAUAAAGGCUUGCCUUCUGAGUUACAGAUAUUCUGCAUGGUACAUAACACCUAAUAGGUGUUCGAGAUGACCCACCAAGGCGAAUUUCUCAAGAGGAAAAGUACCGUGUUGCAUAAAAUUAUUCAUUCUCUUUAUACUACUGUUUGUGCGUACAUCGAAGCAGAAAUUACUCUUGGAAAAGCUAUUACUCUAGACUGAGCGACCAAAAGCGGAGAUGCCGUUGCCUUGACCUACUCAUGGACUCCUGGCCUUUUGUCAUCGCCAGGUUCCCUCCGCCCGUCCGUAUUGUGUCAGAAAAGGCGAAGCACGACUCCGUGGCCCGCGGAGUUUCGGCCUUUGUCCCUUUCGGCUCCCCAUUGGCUGGGACGGCCGAAGCCCCGCCUCCUUCCGUGGCCUACCAGAGCCUUCAGCGACGGGGCGGGGCUUUGUGACGCACGCCCUGACGUCCCCAGGGGUAUAAAGGGCCCCGCUGGAAGCGCCGCCUCCUCCAGGAGCCGCCGGCAAGGGGACGUCGAGGAACGUCGUAGCCGGGAAGAGAAGUUGAGAUUACAGACAUCCUGCCAAAAUGAUUUCUUCAAAGCCCAGACUUGUUGUACCUUAUGGCCUCAAGACUCUGCUUGAGGGAGUUAGCAGAGCCGUUCUCAAAACCAAUCCACCAAACAUCACCCAGUUUGCAGCAGUUUAUUUUAAAGAACUUAUUGUGUUUAGAGAAGGGAAUACUUCUCUGGAUAUAAAAGAUCUGGUUAAACAAUUUCAUCAGAUUAAAGUAGAGAAGUGGUCAGAAGGAACGUCACAAGAGAAGAAACCAGGAUGUAUAAAAGAAUCAGAAAGAACAUCUGUAGUUUCCCAAGAACCUACAAGGAUGGAAAAAUCUACAGACACAGAGGAGGACAAUAUAGCCGGACCACUAUUUAGCAACAAAACCACUCAGUUCCCAUCAGUUCAUGCUGAACUGCUCUCCGAGCCUGAGGAGACAACUGAGGCAGUUUGUGGUCCUUCGAAACCAUCCACCCCUAAGAUUACUACCCCACCCUCAUCGCCAUCUCAAGCAGCUGUCUCACCAGAGUUUGCCUAUGUCCCAGCUGACCCAGCUCAGUUUGCUGCUCAGAUGUUAGGUAAAGUUUCAUCUGUUCAUUCUGAUCAAUCUGACAUUUUAAUGGUGGAUGUGGCAACAAGUAUGCCUGUUUUUUCUGAGGAGGUGCUGAGCUCAGAGGCUGCUGAAGAUAGUGUGGUGGCCCCUCCUGUUCUGUAUUCUGGACAGAUGGUAGCAAUGCAGGUUCUGAGCCAAAAAACUGUCCAUGUAGAUGUGGGUUCUAAACCUAAAGACCAGGCUGAACCAUCAGUGGCUUCCUCAUUCCCCUUGCAGGAUGAACAAGAACCUCCUGCUUUUGAUCAAGCUCCUGAGGUCCCUUUGCAGGCUGAUAUUGCGGUUACAUCAACCAUUCAUAUAUCAUCUAUCUAUAAAGAUGAGCCUGUGACUGAAGGAGUUACUUAUGUUGAGCAAAUACCAGAACAAAUAGUUAUCCCUUUUACUGAUCACGUUGCUUGUCUUAAAGAAGAUGAGCAGUCACCACCAGUUAGUUCCACACCUGUAGUAGGUGCGAUGGCCUCAGACAUGUCUGAAAAAUCUAUAGGUUCUGCAAAAUUUGCACAGUUGGAGGAGAAUGCAAAAUAUGAUUCCUCAGUACAUAUGGAGGCAGAAGCAACAGUUCUGCUCUCUGACACCUCUUUGAAGUGUCAGCCUGCACAAUCCCAGGAUGCAGAGGGCUCUACCAACGCAGUAGGCUCUGAAAAAUCUCUGCAUCUUGAAGUGGAGAUCAUGGCCAUGGUCCCUGGCAGUCCUGGAGAGGAGCAGUCCUGGGAAUAUUCUGCAUUCCAGGAGAUGGAGGUCACACCUGUGCUCUCUGGGGAAGCUGCGAAAGCAGUGCACUCAGGUACAUCUGUAAGAUCAUCUAGUGGCCCCUUCCCUCCUGUUCCAGAAGGUCUUACUGAACCAGAAAUUGAACCAGAAUGGGAAGCAGCACCAGAACAAGGUUUGAUGGAGCCAGCAAUAGCAGCAAGCGAAGCAGGACAACCACCACCAUAUUCUAACAUGUGGACCCUUUAUUGUCUAACUGAUAUGAAUCAACAAAGUCGCCCAUCACCACCACCUGCACCUGGGCCUUUCCCCCAAGCAACCCUCUAUUUAUCUAAUCCUAAGGAUCCACAGUUUCUGCAGCAUCCACCGAAAGUUACUUCUCCAACUUAUGUGAUGAUGGACGACAGCAAGACGACCAGUGCCCCACCUUUUAUUUUAGUAGGCUCAAAUGUUCAGGAAGUACAGGAUUGGAAACCUCUUCCUGGACAUACUGUUGUUUCUCAGUCAGAUGCCAUGAAGAGAUAUGCUGCAGUACAAGUACCCAUUGCUGUUCCUGCAGAUCAGAAAUUCCAGAAACAUACCCCAAAGCCCCAGAAUGGUAGUCCUCCUACAAGUGGACAAGAUGUCCCCAGACCACAAAGCCCAGUUUUUCUUUCUGUUGCUUUCCCAGUAGAAGAUGUAGCCAAAAAAGGUUCAGGAUCUGGUGACAAACGUACUCCCUUUGGAAGUUACGGUAUUGCUGGAGAAAUAACUGUGACUACUGCCCAUGUUCGCAAAGCAGAAACUUAAAACUGAUGCCAUAUAUGACGCUGUUUGAGUCGACGUUCAAGGUGGAGUCUGCCAUCAAGCGUACUGUAGCAAUAAACUUCAUGC